AUGGCCGCCGCGCCGGACCCUCUCGCCUCUUUCUCGGGCCUCGGGAUAUCUACCCCGUCCCGUGCUCCUUUCACCCUCUCCGGCUCCGACUCUUCCUCCUCCGUCGACGAUGACGCCCCCCUGCCGUUCCCCGAGGCCCUACCGCGCGCAGACUUUCUUGCUCCGAACUUUCAACCGGCUGCAUAUCUCUCUGCACUUCCGAACCGACAUCAGACCCUCGAGGAUUUGCGCUCUGACUUGCGCGAUCGGAGCGCAGCCAUCAGCUCAGAGCUCCUUGAGCUUGUGAACUCGAAUUAUACGGCCUUUCUAUCCCUUGGCAGCGAACUUCGCGGCGGCGACGACAAGGUCGAGGAUGUCAAAGUCUCGCUGUUAGGUUUCCGAAGAGCGGUGGAGGAGGUCAAGGGUCGUGUAUCGUCACGAAAAGAAGAAACCAAUGCGCUCAACGAUGAACUUCGUGGCGUGAGGUCAGCCAUCGAGCAAGGCCGCAAGAUGAUAGAGCUCUCUGAACGAUUAACAUCUUUGGAGGAACGUCUGGCGCUGGACAGCAUGCCAGCUUCCAAUACCCAGCGAGAUUGGGAAGACGACGAAAGCGAAGAGGAAGAUGAGGACGAGGAUGGGACACUUGGGAGCUCACCAACAAGACUGCUUUCUUCAGCACAAGAAUGUAGUCGCAUUGCAACGCUCACCGAAUCUCUAGACCAGAACACACCCUUUGUGAUCAAGAUGGAGGAGCGCUUGACACGUUGUCGGAACACUCUGCUACUAGACUUGGGCAACGCACUAAAGCAGGCCAAAAAGGCUGGCGUGCAUGGUCAGGACAGAGUUCUGAAAUAUCUUGCUAUAUACAGAGUGCUAGGCGCACAAGCAGAUGCCAUCAAGGCUCUUCGAGGCGGUUAG